AUGGCCUCUACGCAAGAAAACCGGCCCUCCAAAAACCAACGUGAAGCCUGGAUCGUCGGCAGCGGCACCGCAGCCCUUGCGUCCGCGCUGUACCUAAUCCAACUGGCAGGCAUUCCGCCACAAAAAGUCCACAUCCUUGACGCACAUGGCUCUCUCGGCCAGGCGCUGCACAACCACGGCGACUGCUCCUCGGGCUACGACCAGUUCGCCGGGUGCUUACCGGUACCUGUGGGCGAGCCGCUGCGGAAACUCCUUGCGUUGGUUCCGUCCGUACAGAAUGAGAAUUGGUCUGUGAUUGAUGAGAUCGAAAAGGCAAACGCGGAAUUUGAGCAGGUCCAAUCGGGGUCGAGCACGGGGAAGGAGAAGGGAGGAAAGAAGAACAAGAAGAAGCAAGACAGAAAGGGCCACACGCAGUUCCUCGUGCAACGCAACGGCGAGCUCCUGACCAUCCCGACAGACUGCCUUAACCUGAAUGUCCACCACCGCGUCUCGUUGAUGAAGCUCUUCUACAAACGCGAAAUCAGUCUGCAACGAAAACAGAUCAGUGACUGUCUACCGCCGAGUUUCUUCGACAGCACAUUCUGGGCGAUCUGGUCCGCGCAGUUCGGGUUCCAGCCGGCACACAGCGCGAGCGAGUUCCGGCGCACGCUCAGACAAUAUAUCCAAAAAUUUCACAGCCAUGGCCUUGCGAUGCUGAGCUGCUUGGACAUCACGGGGCGGUAUCAGUUCGAGGCAGUGUUCUCGCCGAUAUACCACUUCCUGCGGAGUCUGGAAGUGGACUACCGGUUCGAUGCGCGGGUGAAGGAUAUUGGGACGACAAUGAGAGAGGGGCAGACGGUCGUGGACAGAAUCGAUUACAUCGCGGAUGGGUUUGAGUUGAGACAGCCGGUCGGUGUGGACGAUAUAGUGAUCCUCACGCUGGGGUCGACGGUGUCAGGGUCGACGACGGGCACGAACGCCGACCCUCCGCUCAGGGAGCCGUUGCAGCCGGGCGAGGCGCUGGACGCGAACUGGGAGCUGUGGCUGGAACUGGAGGCGAGGCAUCCCGGGCUUGGGGAUCCGUAUAACUUCUGCACGAAGCAGAGAGAGUCGAUGAUCGAGAGUUUCACCGUCACGACCGAGGACCUGGAGGUCUACGCGCGGCUCUGCACACUCUCGAAGAGCCCCGAGGGGGCUGGGCCAGGGGCUGGCUCGUUCAUCGCGCUGCAGGAGAGUCCCUGGCGGAUGAACGUUUGCCUACCGACGCAGCCGGUCUUCUCAGAGCAGCCGCCCAAUGUGCGCGUCUUUUGGGGGUUCGCCAGCUUCCCCGAAAACCAGGGGAAAUUUGUGCGCAAGCCGAUGGUAGCGUGCUGCGGCGCCGAGGUCAUGGAAGAACUGCUGGCGCAUCUACAUUUGGACCCGCGCCAUCUGAUCAAGCGCACGAUGACGGUGCCGAGAGUGAUGCCGCGGAUGAGCGCGAUCCUGCUGCCCAGGGCGCUGGGCGAUCGCCCAGCGGUGAUUCCGCCGUGCAUCUCGAAUCUCGGCCUGGUUGGGCAGUUUUGCGAGCUGCCGCAUCAGAGCUGCGUGGAUAUGAGCUACAGCGUGCGGACGGCGCAGCGGGCAGUCGCAGAUCUGACGGGGCUGGAGGCAGACGAAAGAGAUGAGCGGCACUGGUGUCAUUUGAGCUUGCUGUUCAGGAUCCUGUUCUGGAAGUGA